GGCAGCUCCGCCAAGUCUUCCCAGUGAGCAUGCGUGCGCAUACGCACGUACGGCGCUAGCCAAUCAGUGCUCGCGGCGGCGGCUCGCUAGUCGCGGGGGCGGAGCGGCCUCCUUCACUUCCGCCCGGUCGCUCGGGCCGUCUUCCUUCUCGCUGAGCGCCGCCAACAUGGUGUUCCGGCGUUUCGUGGAGGUUGGCCGGGUGGCCUACGUCUCCUUUGGGCCUCAUGCCGGAAAGCUGGUCGCGAUCGUAGAUGUUAUUGAUCAAAACCGGGCUCUGGUGGACGGACCUUGCACCCAGGUAAGGAGGCAGGCCAUGCCUUUCAAGUGCAUGCAGCUCACCGACUUCAUCCUCAAGUUUCCUCACAGUGCUCGCCAGAAGUAUGUGCGGCGAGCCUGGGAGAAGGCGGAUAUCAAUACAAAAUGGGCGGCAACAAGAUGGGCCAAGAAGAUUGAAGCCAGAGAACGGAAAGCCAAGAUGACAGAUUUUGAUCGUUACAAAGUCAUGAAGGCAAAGAAAAUGAGGAACAGGUUAAUCAAGCUUGAAGUUAGGAAGCUACAAAAAGCAGCUCUCCUGAAGGCUUCUCCCAAAAAAGCAGCUGCUGCUAAGGGUGCAGCUGCUGCUGCUAAGGGUGCAGCUGCUGCUGCUGCAAAGGCUCCAGCAAAAAAGGUGGCCGCCACAGGCAAGAAGGCUCCAGCCCAGAAGGUUCCUGCCCCGAAGGCUGCGGGCCAGAAGGCAGCACCUCCAAAGGCUCAGAAGGGGCAGAAAGCUGCACCACAGAAAGCACCUGCUCCGAAGGCAUCUGGCAAGAAAGCAUAAA